AAAAAAUUUAAAACUUUCUCUUCAGAACAGGAUUGGUUUGAAGAAGACGAAGAUGAGAAUGAUGAAAUAGAAAGUUUCGAUUCAUCACACCAAGAUGCAAUUAUAAGUAUUAUAAUUCAUCCACUUAAAGAAGAAAGUUGUCCAUGUGGUGAUACUGAAGAGAGUAGAGGUUUUUCAAUAAUAACUUCGUCAUUGGAUGAAAAAGUAAAAUUUUGGAAAUUAACCCGAAAUUUUGUGGACUGUACGUGCAUGACAUCUCAACUAGAAGAACCUCCUCUUAAUUAUAAAGAUAACGUAGAUAUCUCAGAACGAUUUCAAAAAGAUUUUCUUGGAAAUAUAAGACAACCCGGUAGUUCAGUGAUCGUGCUUCUUAAAGGACAUAUAAUUGGAGUUCGUCGUACUACGGAUCAAAAUACACCCAUAAAAAGGAGUCAUGGUGCUGAAGGUGAAUGGGAAGUUUGGACUUUUGAUAUUAACGACCCUAAUGCGUUUGAGCCAAUCGAAGAAAUUGAUUUUUUAGAAAAUCAUGAUGAUGAUGAAUUUAAAGUUAAAACUAUUCCAUUGAUUAACGACAGGUUUGUUGGGCGACGUAAAGUUGUUUCGAUGGCAAAUAAGAACUACCUCUCAAAUUCAUCUCAUUCCGAUUAUCAAAAUGAAAAUCAUUCACAUAUUCACAAUGAAGAGGACUAUGUACAAGGACAAGUUAUGGAUUUUAGGCAGCGAAGUCAGAAGCAGCGUGUUUAUCCAAAUAACAGUCACUAUGAUCGAAUAUCAUUUAAAGAGGAAGAUGUAAUGAACGAGAUGUUACCAUUUUCUCGUAUACGACGAAUUGUCAAAGUGGGUGAAGACGGAUUAGCCGUCACAUAUGGCAAUUUUGUAAAAGUUAUAAUGUUUAAAGAGCUAAACGAUUGUUAG